AUGACCAUUUUCUUCUUCAUCUCGAUUCUCAUCACUUUGUCCUCAGCAAAUGCCGAUCCCCUCGCACCAGCAUUGUAUGUCUUGGGCGAUUCCUUGCUCGACAGCGGUAACAACAAUCUCUUGCUCACCGUCGCCCGGGCCAAUUUCUCCCCCUACGGCAUGAAUUUCGACGGCGGCCGCCCUACCGGAAGGUUCACCAACGGAAGGACUGUCGCCGAUUUCAUCGCUGAGUUUAUACGAUUGCCAUAUGCUCCACCAUACAUGAGCAUUAAACGGUUGGUGGAGUCGGAUCAGGUGAAAACUGGCUUAAAUUUUGCAUCAGGAUCAUGCGGUAUUCUUCCUCAGACAGGGAGUGAUCUGGGAAAGUGCCUGAAUUUCCCGGAGCAAGUUGAUUUGUUUGAGAGAACGGUGAAAGAAGAUCUUUCCAGAUACUAUAAAACCUCAACAGAAUUAUCAAAUUAUUUAGCAAAAUCAUUAUUUCUGAUAUCAAUAGGCAGCAAUGAUUACAUCAACAAUUAUCUUAACAGUCUCUACGACACCAGCAAACGCUAUUCUCCUCAAUCUUUUGCCACCCUUCUAGUUAACAAUCUAUCUCAACAACUCCAGAGAUUGUACGAAUUGGGAGCAAGGAAGAUGAUAGUGUUCGAGAUAGGACCAAUCGGAUGCAUUCCCGCCAUCACAAGGCUUAAAAAACCCAAUGGACCAUGUGCAGAGGAUAUUAACCAGAUGACAAUCCUCUUCAACAAACAGCUUGCUCCAAUGCUUCUAAAUCUCACAUCAACUCUUCAACAUUCUUCAUUCAUUCUUGGUAGUGUUAAUUGGCUUGGUUAUGAAGCUGCUAUCACUCCUUCCAAAUAUGGUUUAAGUGAUUCAAGCAACCCAUGCUGUGUGACAUGGAUGAAUGGGACAUCAGGUUGCAUCCCUGGACUAGGUGCCUUGGCUUGCAAACAACCUGAUAAACAAUACUUCUUUGAUGCCUAUCAUCUCACUGAAACUCUCUAUAAACAAAUUGCUACUCUCUGCUUCAAUUCAUCCUCUGUUUGUAUACCCAAAAACAUUAAUGACUUAUUGGGCUCAUAACUUUGACAUACGUAUCAUAUAACUUCAAUACACAUUCACAUAUAGUAUUAAUAAAUAUUUAACCAUUUAUCAA